AUGAUUGAAUGGAAUAGGAAACCUCCUGAAGAAGCCCAAAAGGCUGGUGCUGUUAAUAUAAUAGAAGAAAAAACACGUUUACAGCAAAAAAGAUUUGUUUCACAUUUAUACUCACCUGACGAUUGGAAAUCACCUAGCCACCCAAGCAUUAAAUUUCAUAACAGGAUUAUCAAUGAGGCACGACAAGAAAUUAUUAGGCAGGAACUUUCGAGAGAAUUUGGAAUAGACCCUGGGACCGAAAAGAAACUUGACAAAGGACGUAACAAGUGCUUCUGGUUGGUUACGACUUCUAUAUGUGAG